AUGGAAACGCACAUUCUGCUAUUGGGUUUGGUAGCUCUUUGUUGUUGCUCCCUUUCGUUUUCCUCCGAUCCUAGUCCCCUACAGGACUUCUGCAUUGCUGAUACUAACAGUACAGUGAAAGUCAAUGGCUUGGCAUGCAAAGACCCCAUGCUUGCUCAAGCUGCUGAUUUCUCCUUCAGUGGCCUACACCUAGCAGGCAACACAUCAAACGCAGUCGGUUCAAGGGUCACACCUGUUAAUGCUGCCCAAAUACCAGGACUCAACACCCUUGGCAUCUCCAUAGUGCGUAUAGACUACGCACUGUGUGGCAAUAACCCUCCUCACAUUCACCCUCGAGCUACCGAAGUUCUGACAGUCCUCGAAGGCACACUCCAGGUAGGUUUUGUAACUUCAAACCCUGAGAACCGCCUCAUCAGUAAAGUCUUGCAGAAAGGAGAUGUGUUUGUGUUUCCAGUGGGACAUGUUCAUUUCCAAAGAAAUGUUGGGGUUGGAAAUGCUGUUGCAAUUUCCACAUUGAGCAGCCAAAAUCCUGGUGUCAUCACUAUCGCUAAUGCUGUUUUCAAAUCAAAUCCUCCCAUCCCGGAGACGUUCUUGCCAAGGCCUUCCAAAUUGAUCAAACCAUUGUUAACCUAA